AUGUCAGUGGCUCAAGCAGCUUAUGGGGUGGAAAAGUUGGUCGGCCAUGAUGACUCGGCCAUUAUCAAACAGGAUGUGGCCGACUACAAGGAGACGGGCGACGCCUCAUCAACCAUGAAGGCGCUGGUCUGGCUCGGCAAGAACAAGGUCGCCGUACAGGACGUGCCACGGCCAAAGAUCCUCGAGGACGGCGACGUUAUCCUCAAGGUUACCGGCAGCACCGUCUGCGGCUCGGAUCUGCACCUGCUGCACGGCGCCGUGAUUGAGCUCAACAAGGGCGACAUCCUGGGCCACGAGUUCUGCGGCAUCGUCGACGAGGUCGGCCCGGGGGUGCGCAAGUGCCAAAGGGGCCGGCGGUAUGUGGCCAGCUUCCAGAUUGCCUGCGGCGACUGCUUCUUCUGCCGGCAGAAGCUCAGCUCGCAGUGCGAAAAGACAAACGCCAACCAGGCGGCCAAGAGCAUGUACGGGGCGCAGACGGCCGGCAUGUUUGGCUACAGCCACUUUACCGGCGGGUUCGCGGGCGGGCAGGCAGAGUACGUGCGCGUGCCGCUGGGCGACGUGAACCUGCUCGAGAUACCCGACGGCGUCCCCGACGAAAAGGCCCUGUACCUGUCCGACGUGCUGCCGACGAGCUACAACUGCGCCCACGACACGGCCAUCUACGACGGGGACCACGUUGCCGUGUUCGGCGCGGGCCCCAUUGGCCAGAUGGCCGGCGUCUUUGCCGCCAAUGCCGGCGCCGCCAAGAUCAUCUUUGUCGACACGGAGCCCCGGCUCUCGGUCAUCAAGAGCCGCUGGCCCGCCCGCCACGCCGACAAGAUCGAGGUGGUGGACUACAAGGCUCUCAGCUUUGGCGUCACCACCCAGGACACGGUCAUUACGCGGCUCAAGCAGCUCUGCGGCGGCCGCGGCCCCGAUGUGGCCCUCGAGUGUGCUGCUGGCGAGUAUGCCAAGGGCUGGCUGCACUGGUUGGAGAUGCUCGCGGGCGCCGAGACGGAUACAAGUGAGAUUUUGAACGAAAUGGUCGAGAGUGUACGGAAUUAUGGCAGGUGUGGUGUCACAGGUAUUUACGUUGGUUAUACCAACCACUUCAACAUUGGCUCCGUGAUGCAGCGCGGCAUCCGCCUCAUUGGCAACGGCCAGGCGCCCGUGCACAAGUACUGGGAGGACCUGCUAGAGCAGAUCAAGACGGGCGAGCUCGACCCGUUGCAAAUGGUCUCGCACCGGUACCGCAUCGAGGACAUUGACAAGGUCUACUACGCUUUUGAGAAGAAGCAGGACGGCAUCCAAAAGGUCUUUAUUGAGACCAAAUUCUCUCUUCCGGCGUGUGAAGGCAGCCCCAAGUUGAGCAGUAUCUAA